AGUCGCAGCUCCGGAAUCGGUGCCUUCCAAGUGGCGCCGCGCGUCCCCCCUCCCCCGCUCCGGAUCUGCCGGGAGCCGGGCGCUCCAACUCAACUCUCCCAGCCAACCUCGCCACCUCUACGAUCUCCGCCGCGGUCCCUCCCGCGCCGGUUCCCUCUAGCGUCGCGCAGCGGUGGCAUCGGUGAGCGCGGUUCCUGCGGCCAAUGCCUGGGAACAUGGAGAAGUUUCUACAGAUCGCGCCGCACUCUCUGGCCAUCGUCCUGGGCCCAGCCGACAGCUCCGCCGAGGAGAAGCCCGGGGCGGUUCAGCCUGCGCCCCCAGCCCCGACCCAACCCCGGCAGCUCGCCCGACACCACAUCGGCUACGAGAUCUUCGCCGAUUUCAAAGCGGAGAACAUGCAACACUUCUGGAACAAGAAGGUCACCGCCGCGGUGGCCGAGACGUUUUUCCUGGGCUGGAUCGACGAGCAGGUCCUGCUGAUUCAGGGCAAGGAGGAGCAUCUCGAGGCGCUGCGCGAGGGCUGGACGCGCAGGGCACUGCGACCCCCAUCCGGCUUCCAGAUCCGCUGCCUGGGUGAGUGUCGCCGCCCCGUCGGGCUGCGGGGGUCCCCGCCCUGUCCGGGGCUCUGA